AUGGAGUCGAGCUUGGAUAUGGGCUCCCUGACCAAGGCGAUGAGCACCACCAUGUUGUGCAACUGGAAGGCGUCCUUCUCGUGUCUGCCACCCCACCCCUGCCUGUGGGGCCCCUCGGAAGGGCAUGUAGAGCACCUCUGUGGUGUGCAGCCACACCAUGAAGCGGCCCUCAUGGUCGGCUGCACCCUGAAGGCCACAUGCCCCGCUAGUGCAAGCAUGGCUGCCGCCGCUCCACCGACGACACCACCGCACCCACAGUCAUGCCCAUCAGCACCGCCCCCGCCCCAGCACCCGACAGCCGCACUCCCAGCUCCGUCAGCGGUGCGCGCGCAGGCGUCACCCCCGCUCGGUGGCCAGCAGCCACGCCUCCAGCUCCUACAGCCAGAGCGCGCGCCGGCAUUGCCCUAG